CUCCAUGUUGGGGCCCCUCGGGGCGCCCCCCAGCGGCCCCCCCGAGAGCAUCGCCGCCUUCCUCAGCCGCCUCAGCGGGACCCCCGGGCUGCUGGAGGGGUCCCCGGGGCCCGACGGAUUUUUCGGGGCGCUGCUGGCGCUGAUCUGCCAGCACCUCUCCAUGGUGGACGUGGUGCUGCUGCUGCACGGGCGCUGCCAGCCCCUGGCCCGGCUGCAGCCGCUGCUGCGCCGCUGCUUCCGCCAGCGCUACCUGGGCGGCCGCGAGCCCACCGAGGCCAACGUCAGGGCGGCCACGCACAGCCUGAUCACGGGGCUGGAGGGGUUCAUCCGCGAGAGCUUCGCCGGGGUCCGCGUGGCCGACGGCGUCGACAUCACCCGAACCAACGUGGAGUUCCUGCGGGAGCAGUUCAACCGCAUCGCGCUGCACGUGCUGCGCUGCACCGACGGGUCCUUCGGGCCGCGGCUGCUGGAGCUCUGCAACCGGGGCCUGUUCGAGUGCCUGGCCCUGAACCUGCACUGCCUGCGGGGCGAGCGCGGCGCCCUGGGGGCGCUCAUCAGCGACCGCAUCCGGCGGCUGUCGGCGGACGUGCCGCCCUCGCUGGUGGGUUGGCUGACGGCCGUGGUGGGGCUGCGGCUGCAGGCGGUGCUGGAGCAGAUGCCCGUCAGCCCCGAGCAGGUGCUGCCCUACGUGCGGCACCUGGGCGAGCCCCCCGAGGCCCCGCCCCGACAGCCGCUGCCCGAGGAGCCAAUGGAGGUGCAGGAGGCGGAGCCACCCCCGGACGACGCCCAGCGGGACGGCGCGGGGUCUCCCGCCCCCGCCACCACGGCCGAGGAGGCCCUGCCCCCCCCCGGCAGCGACAGCGAGGCCUGGGCGGCCGCCGUGCCCCCGGAGUGGGUGCCGAUCAUCCGCGAGGACGCGCAGCGGCAGCGGAAGGCGAAGCCGCAGCCGCCCCUGAGCGACGCCUACCUGAGCGGCAUGCCGGCCAAGCGCCGCAAGACGAUGCAGGCAGAGCCGCCCCCGCUGCUCCUGGCCGAGGCCGUGGCUCGCGCCGCUCGCGCCGCCGGAGCGCCGAGCCCGACCAGCGCCGAGAGCCUCAGCCGGGAGCUGAGCCAGGCCGGGCUGCAGGAGGGGUACCAGCAGCAGCUGCAGGCCGACCUGCGCCGCCGCCUGCGCCAGGACCCCGAUUUCAGCCCCCGCCGCUUCCCCAGCGCCCACCGCGCCUUCGGGGAGCCCCUCCCCCACCGCCCGCCGACCCCUCCCCCAAAAUAAACCCCGCCCCUCCCCCACCCUUUAAUUUC